AUGGCCUACAAAUAUUGCACGGUGGCAUUCCUGCAGAUGAUCAAGGAGGGCAAUAUCAUCACCAUCUAUAUCAUGGCUCUCCUUGUCAGCCUUGACACGUUUUCCUAUACACAGGUCGGAAUCCUGGUGGUCAUGGUGGCCGCCACCUGGAGCUGUGUGGAGGGUGAACUGAACUUCAGCCGCUUAGCCUGGGGAACAAGGCAGGGCAGCGCCAGCACCUGCGAAGCCGCCAAGACCAUUUUUCAAGCUCUGGUCUUGUCGGGCAAGGGGCAAAAAUUGGAUCCCUUGUCCACGGUCUUGGUGGUGAUGCCUAUGUCCGGCCUCCUGCUGAUCUCUGUCUUGCUGUUCAAGAACCUGGUGAUGGAAGUGGGUUUCGCAAAGCAACCAAGCUGGUCAGAGAUCGUUGAAUGGAAGUGGUUUUUGAUGCUCAACAUCGUGAACGCCUUUGGGCUGAAUGUGGCCAUCGCAGUGUUCUUGAAGUACCUCUCACCGGUGACCUACAUUCUCGUUGGAAACCUCAAGGAUAUUGUCGUUGUAUCUUGGAUGACCCAGACCACCCAGACGCCUCAAAGCUGA